CACACACACACACACACACACACACACACACACACACACACACACACACACACACACACACACACACACACACACACACACACACACCUGCUGCUACACAGAGACAGGAAAACCCAGAGGAGACUCAGGCGAAGAUGAACUGGGGCUUUCUGGAGAAUGUCCUCAGCGGGGUGAACAAGUACUCCACGGUGAUCGGGCGCAUCUGGCUCUCCGUGGUCUUCCUCUUCAGGAUCCUGGUGUACGUGGCGGCGGCCGAGCAGGUGUGGAAGGACGAGCAGAGUGACUUUGUGUGCAACACCCAGCAGCCCGGCUGUGAGAACGCCUGCUUCGACCACUUCUUCCCCAUCUCACAGGUGCGCCUCUGGGCCCUGCAGCUCAUCAUGGUGUCCACCCCCUCCCUGCUGGUGGCGCUGCACGUGGCCUACAGGGAGCACCGCGAGGCCAAAUACAAGAAGAAGCUUUACAAGAACAAAGGGAGCCUAGAUGGAGGCCUGUUCUUAACCUACAUCCUCAGCCUGGUCUUCAAGAUAACCUUCGAGGUGGGAUUCCUGCUGGCUUUCUACUUCCUGUACAACGGCUUCGAGGUGCCCAUGCUCCUGCGCUGUAGCGAGAGCCCCUGCCCCAACACGGAGGACUGCUACAUCGGCAGAGCCACGGAGAAGAAGAUCUUCCUCUACAUCAUGGGCUGCACCUCCAUUCUGUGCAUCUGUCUGAAUUUAGCAGAACUCAUGUACAUUAUUUGGAAGCAUCUGUGGAAGUGUUUCACCAGGCGCUACGCCCCAGUGCAGAGGACCGUCAGCCAGCCAGCUGUUUCCAUUGUCAACCAGUUUGUCUCCGCUGAUCCCACAGUAAACACAGAGCAGGGCUAUGAGCCUGCAGCCGAGGAGGAGAACCGGCCCGUCCAGUCCUGAGGCGGAGAGACACUACACACGCACACAGACACACGCGCGCGCACGCACACACUGCUACAAUCUGCUCUGUCAAAGAGAGUGAAAUAACCCGGUUUGAGGAGUAACGGAUAACAUGUAGCCUAAUGGGAUUACAUAGUCAAGAUAGAACAAAAAAGAUAACAAGGUUGGAAGCAACUAAGUUUUAAUAUAUGUAAGGAAAUAUAAAUUCACGUUUUGUCCUUCCAAUCUCAAACUUUUGUGUUCCCUUACACUACAGUAACAUGAAAAUAUGUUAUCUUAUUUCUGGGACAUUUUUCAAAAUGGGGAUUACCAGCAGGAUUAUAAUGUUAUAAUGCAUUUUAUAAUAAAGAAUGAUAUAUUACCCUUUU